GAACAUGUAUUUCAAGUGUAGGAGCUUGGUCGAUGCUUUCACGGUUUUUGGGAGCAUGGUGGAUCCGACAGUGGUUUCCUGGAAUUGUGUGAUUAUGGGGAACGUUCUCAAUGGAGAGGCCGGCCUCGUUUUGGAUCUGUAUGGACAGAUGCAAGAGCAAGGCUUUAAACCCGACGCUGCCACCUUUGUAGCGGUUUUGAAGGCGUGUAUCAGCUUAGCAGGGAGAGAACAAGGCAAGCUCGUGAAGACAAAGUGUUUGGCUUUGGGAAGAACAAUCCACAGUCAAGCGGCUGCUGCUAGUUCUGACGGCGAGCUCCACGUUUUUGUGGCAAACGGGCUGAUCGACAUGUAUGCCAAGUGUGGGAGCAUGACCGACGCUUGGAAAGUUUUCCAGAGCAUGCCAGUGCGGAGUUUGGUGUCGUGGAACUGCGUCAUUUUUGGAUUUGCCGAGGCUGGUGAUGGCAAGCGAGCGUUGGAGCUCUAUCGCCAAAUGCAAGACGAAGGCUGUUCUCCAAACCACGUCUCUUACAUCGCUGCGCUCAAGGCUUGCGUGGCUCUGGUAGAGAGUUUGGAUCUACAGCCAGCUGAAGACUCGAAGAUGGUGAAGCUGGAGUGUCUGCAAAGAGUAAAGGCGAUCCACGGUCAAGCAGGACGCGAUGAGUUGCAGCGGCACAGAUUUCUCGCAAAUGCGAUGGUUGCGGCGUAUGCAAAGUGUGGCGGCUUUAAGAACGCUCGGGAGAUUUUCGAAAGCUUGGGACGAGACAGGGAUCUGGUCACUUGGAACUCGAUGAUUCUUGGUUAUGCCGAGAACGGGGAUGGAAAAGAAGCCCUGAAGCUCUACGAGCAAAUGGAGGACGAAGGCUGUGCUCCAGACGAUCUUACCUUCGUAGCUGCUUUGAAAGCUUGCAGCAGCUUGGUGGACGAAGAAAACCAAGAUGCAAGCAACGCAAAUCUGCAAGAGAGAGUUGCAGCUAUCCGGCGUCGAGCAGCAGCAGGAGGCCAGGGGCUCAGCGUCUUCGUAGCCAACACUCUGAUCGAUUUCUACGCGAGAUGCCGGCUCAUAGCAGAGUCCCGCGAAGUUUUCGAGAGCAUGCGUGUUCGAAGCGUGGUCUCGUGGAACUGCAUCAUCCUGGGGCUGGCAGAGAAUGGUUUGGGCAGGCAGGCGCUGAGUUUCUACGCAAGAAUGCGCGACGAAAACUUUGCUCCCGAUACUGUCACCUUCAUCGCGGCACUCAAGGCCUGUGGUAGCCUCGGGGACAUGCAAGCUGGCACUAAGAUCCGGCUGGAGAUCGUCAGCGCUGGGCUCGAGAAGGAUGCCGCCACAGCAAACUCUCUGGUCGACUUCUACGGCAAGUGUGGAAGCAUGGGCGAAGCUCUGGAGGUGUUUGAGUCGAUGGAGAAGAAGAGCACAGUCUCGUGGAACGCUCUCAUGGAUGGCUACAGCCGCCAGGGUGACUACGAGCGCGUUUUCCAGCUCUUUGAGAGGAUGCAAGAGCUGCGCUUCCGGCCAAACGAGGCGACGUUCCUCGUCCUUCUCAAUGUGUGUUGUCACGCUGGACUGGUGGACACGGGGAAAGAGCUCUUUGAGGCUAUGGCGAGCGGUCACGCCAUCUCUCCCGGGUUGAAGCACUACAGCGCCAUGGUUGACUUGUUCGGGAGAGCAAAUCGCAUGGACGAGGCAGUGAGGAUGGUGAAGAGCAUGAGAGUGGAGCCGAAUGCCGUGAUUUGGAUGACGCUGUUGGCGGCUUGUUGCAAGUGGAAAGAUGUUUGCGUUGGGGAGUUUGCCUUCACUUCUGCUAUCAAAGUUUUGGUAUCAGCAAGAGAUGGAGAGAUGUAUGCUACAGCCUGUGUCAUGAUGUCAAACAUUUAUGCCAAUGCUGGGCAUUGCUUGCAGAAGAGAGUAACAUUGCAGUGUAUAGGUACAAAAACAGCAUAUGACUGAAUGAAUAUGUUUGAGAUUUUAAAGAGGCAUCUUAUCUGGCU